AUGGGAUGCAACAGCAAGAAUGAAUAUGAAAAGAAGAGAGGACUAAGAGCUUGCGACCAACCCUUACUACACUAUUUCAAGGAUCGAGUACAUAGACCACCCACGCCAGCCGUAAGCCUAACACUGGACCCAAUCACAAAAGCUCAAUCACGUGAUCUCUUUGAGUUCAGGCUACUUCUGCAGUGCUGCACAUUCGAAGGCUUACGAUUUUCUCAGAUAGUAGGUGUGACACCUAUAGGGCCCGGCGAGGCAGUGACUGGAGGAGAAGUGGUUCGUGAUGGUCGUCAAAUCUCAUUCGACGUCAUCGCUAACAUUCGGAAAGUAGUCAACACCGAUGAUCCAAGGAUGUAA